AUGUCCCCAUAUCAGCUAGUUUUUGGUAAAUCAUGCCAUUUACCUGUUGAGCUAGAACACAAAGCCUUAUGGGCAUUAAAAGUUCUGAAUUUAGAUUGGAUAAAGGCUUCAAGGGAGAGGUUGGACCAGUUAAAUGAAAUAGAUGAGUUCAGGCUCAGAUCUUACGACAGCUCAGCCAUUUACAAAGAGAAAAUAAAGAAAUGGCAUGACACACAGAUAGUCCAGAGGGAAUUCAAUGUGCGAGAUUGGGUGUUAUUGUACAACUCACGACUAAGGAUAUUCCUAGGGAAGCUAAAAUGCAAAUGGUCUGGGCCUUUCAGAGUGACACGAGUGUUCACCAAUGGUGCCAUAGAAAUUGAAGAUAGAAGCGUGGAUAGUGAACGAACAGUGCAAAUAGGGGCACCACAAGUCCAUUCAACGACACGCAGAAAGAAUUGGCAAGCUCAGGACAUCUUUGGAGAACCGCGGAUUGAUUCGGUGAUCGCACUAUUAAUCGUCAUUUGA